AUGCUCAUCGCUCAAAGAAGCCCGAUAAUCGCUCGUACUCGCCUGAGCCGAACACUUUCGAGCUCUCCAGAUACACUACCGUUGGCGGGUGUACGCGUGCUAGAAAUCGGUCAACUCAUCGCCGGGCCCUUCGCCGGUCAGCUGCUAGGGCAGUUUGGAGCGGAAGUAAUCAAGGUCGAGCCUCCCAAUACUGGAGAUGCCCUGCGUGUCUGGCGCGAACUCGACGUCGAUGGAACAAGCCCAUGGUUCAGAAGCUUGGCCCGCAAUAAGAAAAGCGUGACGAUUGAUAUGCGAAAAGAAGAAGGAAGGCGACUCGUCAAGCAGUUGGCACUGAAGUCCGACGUAAUGAUCGAGAACUUCAAGCCCGGCACACUCGAAAAGUGGGGACUUGGUCCUUCUGACAUCCACCCACACAACCCUGGUCUCAUCUUCACUCGCGUUUCUGGCUACGGCCAAACAGGCCCCUGGUCCUCUCGACCUGGUUACGCAUCCGUCUGCGAGGCAGAGUCCGGAUUCCGCUACAUCAAUGGCGUACCAGACCCCGUCACAGGCGGUCUGGCUGGUCCACCUAUGCGUCCCAACAUCAGCUUGGGCGACUCUGUUGCUGGUCUACAUGCUGCAUUUGGCACUGUACUGGCGCUGUUAUCGCGGAAGUCGAAGGAGGCUAAGGGCCAAACUGGCGGGGCGACUGUGGAUGUUAGCAUCAUGGAGAGUAUGCUCAACCUCAUGGAAGGCAUCAUCCCAGAGUACGACCGCAAAGGCGCCAUUCGUGGCCCCUCAGGCUCCUCCGUCACUGGAAUAGUGCCGACAAACGCCUAUCCGUGCCGCGCAGCGGCUUCAACAUCAGACAUGCCCACCUACGUCGUCAUCGGCGCGAACGCCGACUCCAUGUACGAGCGGCUCAUGAAGCGCAUCGGGCGCGAAGACCUCACGGGCGAGUCAUACAAGCACAACCAACAUCGCGUGAAGCACCAGACUGUCAUCGAAGAGGCCAUUUCGGCAUGGACGCGUGAACAUACCGUCGAGGAGGUGCUCGAGGCGUUACACGAGAUCGGUGUUCCUGGAGGCCGCAUCGCCAAUGUGCGCGACAUCGUCGAGAACGAGCACGUAGUGGCGCGUGGCGCCGUUGAAGACGUUUGGGUCGGCGGGCCCGCGGGUCCUGAAGACGCUGCGAACACGAAGGGUCGCGUGGGAUGGAACGUGAAGAUGCCGCGAGUGGCACCUGUGCUCGGAGAUAUGGAGACGAAAACGCGUUGGGCGGGUCCCGAUCUCGGUGCUCAUAACGAGGAGGUGUUGUGUGGGGAGCUCGGAUUGGCGCGCGCAGAAGUAGAUGCGCUCAUUGCGCAGGGCGUCGUUGGCGCUUGGCGACCCACGCCGACAUGA